CAAUCUGUUAAAUCUGCAACUAACUUCACAGUUGUUAUCGAUUAGAUGAAGGUUUUGGGUUUAUAAAGUUCUACAGAAUAACCUAUAAAUUAAAUUUUUGUUUGUGUUUAAAAGUAUUAUAAACAUCUAUAUUUACUUAUAAUCUAUAUAAUGAAACCAACCCCCUUGGUUGCUGAUGAAAUGUUUCCCGAAGGUGCAGGUCGUUAUUUAGCUUUUGAAAUGGUCACAGAUAAUAUGGAGGAGAUACCUGGCGGAUCUGGACCUAUUAUGAUUGAUAUCGGUGGAGACGAGAAAGCUGUGCACGCAGAUUUUUUUAAUGAUUUUGAUGAUUUAUUCAAUGAUGAGGAUUUAGAAUAA